CCAAACUUCUUGGCUGACGUCUCGCCCAGGGGAUGUCCGCACUAGGCAGGGAUCGGCUGUACCUGCAUGCUUCUAGACCAAGCCGGAGAGUUUUUCUGGGUGCCAGUCUUGGCGAUGGGCUGCGCCGUCGGGAUCUACGCGGCGUGGUAUAACGCCAUCGAGUGGUAUUUCGGUAGUGGUUUGGAAGGAUUGGUAUGGAUAAAGAGAGUUAUGGCUGGGAGUUAGAUAUGAAUAUGGGAGAGUUGGAGUUUGUCGCCACAGAAUAGAGGGAAUGUUUAUUGAGGGGUCUAGAUCUUUUUCCCGGUCUGGAUCUUUUGCCCCGCGGGACGGAUCGAGUGAGGGAUUUGGUGUAGGGUGGGUGGUGUUAAGGUUUGAGAUGAGAUGCUGUGGCUUAAGAGAUGGAAUUGUCGGGUAAGUAAGUUUUGCUGAUGGCGAGGCAAUC